AUGCUUGUAUGCAACUCUUGUGGCAUCUCGUCUUCCCACCCCCUCGUCCCAGCUCCUGGCGCCCAUCUGAUAGGACCAAAUUGCCCAUUUCUUCUUGUCUCUGUCUUCGUUUGUCCCAAAGUAGCCCAAGAAUGCAUCACUUCAAAUGGCCUCAAUGCAGUGCAAGUGGUGCUUCCAUAUUCACCAUCCGCCUCGGCAAACUUCUGCCGGCUGUGUCAUUCUGCAGUCUUUCCAGAGCUGUUUGAUCACUUUCGAGAUCAGCUCAGAUCCAGUCAAGAGGGUCAUUCAAGUCCACACGCUGUGCACGGACAAGCUGCAAAUCGCGCAUUUGGAUCAGAUCAAGUUGGAUCAAGUUGA